CGCUCCAAAGCGCGAUGCAGUGGGUGCAACUUGGAGCUGGCAUACGAAAUCACCCAGCAACUUCGAGAUGGCUCCCACCAAGGAUACUGUCAAAGUCGCAAGCGACUUUGAAAAAAUCAUUCAGGACGGUCGCGCCAGAAAGAAGAACGAGGCGCUCGCUGCCAAAAUCUUUAGUACAGGUCGUCGCUCGAGCACUUCCGGUUCGAAUGGCAGUGCUCCCAAGGUCGCCGCACCUGGCGGGACUCUCGCCAGCCGUGCUGGUGUGAAGAAGCAACCUCCCAAGGGCCCCCGGCAUAGUACCGGCAACAUCAACGGUGAAUGGACUCACGAUCUCCACACCCAACCUCCGAAAGGCCCCAAGGCCAUGAACGGCAAUACCUCCUCUCUCGCCACCCGCAUCACGAACCCCAAUGCGCCCCCAUCACACGCACCCACCGGCCCCCGUGUGAAACGUCGCGCCGCGCAGAUAGCGAAUGGCUUGGAAAGAUCGGGAUUUCAGGUCCAGCCGCCCUCAGGUCCCAAGCAAAAGCAGAAGCAGAUUCCCGCUGGUCCCUCUGCCAACAACAACGCAUUCAACAAAGGCCUCAGCAUCCGUGGUCUUGCUGGGCCCUAUGUCGUUAUGGCCCAAAACUUCGCCCCAGGCACUACCGCGGCCGAUAUCGAGUCUGCCAUGACCCCUGUUGGUGGAAUUAUUACAUCGUGCCGGAUUCUCAAACAGAGCCCGAUCGUCAUCGCCGAAAUCAUCUUCGAAAGCAAGGAGGGUGCCGACAAUGCUAUUGCCAUGUUCGACAAACAAACAGCCGAUGGGAGGGUUCUGAGCGUUUACCACAAAGUGCCGAAUGUUCCCGCCCCUCACACCAGCAGUCAGAAUAACCGAAACAACGGUUACGAUGAGGACGAUAGCGUUGUCGACGGCAGGUGGGGGUUUGAAGAGCCCAUGCAGGUUGACUCUAAUGGAUCAUCCUCUGGUGGCAACGGCAAGCCACCUCCUACUGGACCGAGCCUGUACUCUGAUAGCUUGGUUAGUAAGGCCAACACCAACCGAUGGGGCAGGGGUUUCAGAAGAUGAAUAAACCGGAGAGAAGGAAAAGCAAAAACGCGAGGAUCUGUAUCAUAUGUUUAGCCGACCUCCCCCGACAUCACAUUGCACGCCAUCUUUUUCUCCAAUUAUUGCUACGAGCGACGAGUUGGAGGUUGAUGUUUUCUUGGCCAGCCUACUCAGGGGCGGACAAGGCUGGCAUCAUGAGGGGCAGAGGAUGGGUUGGGAGGGAGUUUUGGCAUUAUAAGACCUACGAUGGGACAAAUAGUCGCAAAGAGUGUCCCUGCAAAGCAUGCAACGAAGCAGAUCAAGCGCGAGGAUUUAAUCAUGGCUAUGCAACAGUCACAAAGGAUAUGGGGGUAUAAUAUGGGAGGAGGGCAUUGGGACAAGGAGGAAAAAGAAGGGGACUGGCAUGGCGUUGGAGGGCGUUUUUCUGCUUUUUCUUUCUGCUGAUAAGCCCUCUGC